AAAAGGAAACGUGGGAAGUGAGAUGAGAUGAAGAGAGCGCCAUUUUCUUAUCCUUUCAAAUCUAUCCCAGGGAGUCAAAUGACCCAUCAAGAACAGCACCGUAUAUCAGAAAAGCAAGCAGAAGCAAGAGAGGAAGAUUUUUAUUGACAGCCCAACAAUGGCAUCAUCCUCAGUUCUUCCAUUUUCGUCAUCAUUCCGAAGUUGGUUCCAUCCUUGUUUGGCAUCAAAAAUUACCUUCACCAGAAGAACAAAUUCCUUAUCCAUUGUCACUCGCUCUAGUCUCUCUGACAACUCUGCUCUCCUCCAAGCAGCCAAGCACACCGCUAUAAGGUUUUUCAACGCAUUGAAUGUUAUGCAUGAAGCUCAUUCCGGUUGCAAUUGCCGAGUGCAAUGUUGCUGUAUCGAAACUUCAAAUGUGGAUUCUUAUGUCAAAAGUGGUAUGGUGGUUGGAUUUGGAGCUGGUCAUGCUUCUGAUUUGGCCAUACAUUACUUGGGUCAGCAACUUAAGGCUGGUGCACUAAAAGAUAUAGUUGGCACACCCACAUGUGUUGGUAGUGCAAGUGUGGCAGCCAAGGUAGGCAUUCCCUUGGAACAAUAUGAGGGAAGCUCAAAAAUUGAUGUAGCAUUUAGUGAUGCUGAUGUUAUAGAGGAGGUGACACUUUCUGCCAUUAUAGGGCGUCGGAAAAUGAUGGGAGAGGAGUCAAUUAUUCAAGAAAAGGUCAGUCAGUUUAACUUAAUUUCUUGUGUCAGAUGCAGUGGUUACCUUUCCUUGCAGACUAUUCUUGGAGCUGCCGAAAAGCUUGUCUUCAUUGUCACUGAGAAGCAGUAUAGAAGUGAUCUGGAUGGAUCAAUCCCCGUUUUAAUACAAUCUUUUAACUGGAUGGAAACUGCUGAAGAGAUUGAUGAUCUAUUCCUUGGUGAUGCUGAGGUCUGGAGGAGACCAUCUGUAGGGUAUGCUGGCCCCCUUGGUGGUGACUUCCCAAUGGUGACAAAAGAAGGGCAUAAUGUGCUAGAUGUAAUAUUUACAUCCCCAAUCAUAAUCCUUGCUGAUGUAGCCAAUUGUCUUGAACAAGUUGAUGGUGUUGUAGAGCAUGGAAUUAUAUGCAGGAUUCCGUGUACUGCAGUCAUUGCUUCUGAGAACGGGCUGCGCAUUAUCGACAACAAUUUGAUUCUUGAAGCAGGGAGAGCUUAACUGAUAUAGGAGCUUGCUCCACACUCUCUGGAACUACAGCUGCAAACCCUUUCAUGAGAAAUCUAAUCGGAGUAAUCUUACAUUAGAAAUGAACAACACUGGAAUUGCUGAUGAAACCUUAAAAACUCUACUAGAAGUUCUUCAAACCGUUGUCUGAAUGGUAGAUAUUGUUGAUGUAGUAUCUCUGAUUUUGUGGAAUUCUGGUAUAAAAUCUUGGGACAUGUUUGGCAGUUGCUAAGUUGCCGCUCUGACCACAUCAGUCAGCUGCGUCAUUGUCAUGUAGUAUAUUACUAUAUUCUUCUUCUCCA